AUGGCAUCCAUGGCUUCUACUCUCACCUCCUCCUCCCUUACCACCAAGCUCCAGAAGCCCUCUCUCCUCGACUCCUCCUUCCAUGGCACUCCCGUCGUCCGCCUUCAGCCCGCCAAGGCCGCCACCAACUCCAACAACCAUGGCCUCUCUGUUUCCAUGUCCGCCAACGGCUCGACGCCGUCGUACGACCUCAGCGCCUUCAAGUUCGACCCCAUCAAGGAGUCCAUCGUCUCCAGGGAGAUGACCAGGCGCUACAUGACCGAUAUGAUCACCUACGCCGACACCGACGUCGUCGUCGUCGGCGCCGGAUCCGCCGGUCUCUCCUGCGCCUACGAGCUCAGCAAGAACCCCAACGUUCAGGUCGCCAUUAUCGAGCAGUCCGUCAGCCCCGGCGGUGGUGCGUGGCUCGGUGGCCAGCUCUUCUCCGCCAUGGUUGUGCGUAAACCAGCUCACCUUUUUCUAAAUGAGCUCGGCAUUGCCUACGAUGAGAAAGACCACUACGUUGUCAUCAAGCACGCCGCCCUAUUCACCUCCACUAUCAUGAGCAAGCUCCUUGCUCGGCCCAACGUGAAGCUCUUCAACGCUGUGGCUGCUGAGGACCUGAUCGUUAAAGGUGGAAGAGUUGGUGGUGUGGUCACCAACUGGGCAUUGGUCUCGAUGAAUCAUGACACACAGUCUUGCAUGGACCCUAAUGUCAUGGAGGCCAAGGUGGUUGUGAGCUCCUGCGGUCACGACGGGCCCAUGGGAGCCACUGGGGUCAAGAGGUUACGGAGCAUUGGGAUGAUCGAGAGCGUGCCCGGGAUGAAGGCCUUGGACAUGAACGCGGCUGAAGAUGCCAUCGUGGAGCUGACAAGGGAGAUUGUGCCUGGAAUGAUCGUUACAGGCAUGGAAGUUGCCGAGAUAGAUGGAUCUCCAAGAAUGGGACCUACGUUUGGAGCCAUGAUGAUAUCAGGGCAAAAGGCAGCCCACUUGGCAUUGAAGUCACUAGGGCUUCCCAACGCUUUGGAUGGAUCAUAUGUGGGAAGCAUUCAACCAGAGCUGAUCUUGGCUGCCGCGGAUUCUGCUGAGAUUGCGGAGGCUUAA